ACAUUCUGUGAAUUGCUCUGAAUCUACUACCAUCCGAUAUGAGAUUUGGGACAUCAGAGGAUUAGGCGAUUUUACCACUCACUCUCACGCAUCCCUCGCCGCUGAAACACCAUGAGCAACGCCAGUCUUGUCGCCUGGGGCGUUCCCCGACUGGCCGAGCUGCUUCCGCUGGACGAGGAAUCGCUCACCCAAAUCAUCGAAUACGCCGCAAGCCUCUCCAAAGAAGAAGGAGCGGACCACCUUAAGAACCUGCUCGGCGACUCGCCUGCGGCUUUCGAAUUCAUCUCUGCCUUCAGUUCCCGCCGAUCAGCCCCGCCGCCGCCGCAGCGCUCCGCCGCAUCCUCGCCAGCACCAGCACCCACGCCUCCAAGCGCAGGAGGAGCCUCCGCUUCUCCUAGAAAUAUCAGCACUAGCUCAGGCAGGAAAGGCAAGAAGGCAAAAGCAUCGCUGCACAGCGCCGGUCCGGUGCGCCGACCAGAGAACUUUGGCGACGUGACAGGCGGAUACAGGAAGGAGGAUCAGAAUGAGGAUUACAUGCCUGUCUCUUCGGGGCGGGGUCAACAGGAUGGGCUUGGGUCAAAGCAAUCCGGCAAAGGAGGAGGUCGAGUAGUGGGCUCCCCUUUACGAGUUCCACCCGUCACAUCAUCCCAGGGAUCGUCCGGUACCUCGUCGCGCAACCCGUCGCCCGCUCCUCCCAGGAAUAUCACCACUACCACCACCAGCACCACAAGCCAUCGAAACCCACCCUCAGCGGCGGGGCCGGUUAUCUCAGAUCUCUUACCGAAUGUCAAGUCAAAAGCGGCCAAGUCCUCGUCGCGCGGUGGUGGUGGCGGCGGCGGUUCCAAGUCCUCGCCCUCGGGCAACAAGGGCGGAUUGACUACAACGAACAUUACAGACCUCACGGCCGCGAUUGCCGCAUUGGAGGUAUCUACGAACCCGACGCUCGGGACUGGCGCCCGGAAAUGCACCUGCUACGCCAGUAUCCACCCGCUCUUCGACCCAGCACCGAACUGUCUAAAUUGUGGGAAGAUCAUCUGCGCGCUGGAGGGGUUGCAGCCAUGCUCGUUUUGCGGGACGCCGCUGUUGUCGAAUGAGGAGGUGCAGAGUAUGAUCCGGGAGCUGCGCGCGGAACGAGGUCAGGAGAAGAUGCGCGCUCACAACGAGAGCGUCCAUCAACAUCGGGACGGGGGCCCAGGGCUAGGUACUGGUGCGUCGCAGACGCCAGCGUAUAGCAAUAAUAGACUGGAUGCCGCCCGCGCGCAUCGCGACAAGUUGCUGCAGUUCCAGGCGCAGAACGCGAAGCGCACGCGGGUGGUGGACGAGGCGGCGGAUUUCGAGACCCCCAACGUCGCGUCGACGCUGUGGAUGACGCCGGCGCAGCGGGCGCUGGCGUUGAAAAAGCAGCAGCGAAUUAUGCGGGAGAUGGAGGAGAAGGCCCGGCCGGAGUGGGAGAAGAAGAAGACGAUCAUGAGUCUGGAUAUCAAGGGGGGUCGAGUGACGCGGGUGUAUCAGUCUGCUGCGGAAGCCGCCGGGUCAUCAUCGAAAGCUGCGGACGAGGAGGUUGCGGCCGAGGCCCAGGCUGAGGAGCACCUUGAGGGUGAUGGAGACCGCGGAAACAGUGGUGGCGGUCACGCGUUCAGCAACAAUCCUCUCCUUGCGUCUGGCGGGCUGCUGCGGCCGGUCUGGAAGACUGCGGAUGGUCAGCAGCCCGAAACGGCGCGCAAGGAGCGCCAGCCAACCUGGCGGCGAGUACAGGAUGAUAACGAUGACAACGAGCAAUGGAUUCUGGACGGCGGGGUGCAUGGAUAUACUUGAUCCUGGUCGCGGAGAAUAACGGAGGGUGUCACUGUGCAGUGGGCAGGCGACUGUGCAUAUUUCAUGAUCAUUAUGCAUGCCCUUAUUGUGCACCUGGAGAGUACCACAGC